AUGCAAGGAGAAAAUUACACUGUUUGGAGCCUUUUUUUCCUGGAGGGAUUUUCCCGGUACCCAAGGUUAGAGAUUGUUCUGUUUGUCUUCAGCCUUGUAAUGUAUUUGGUUACCCUCCUGGGUAAUAGUACUCUUAUUUUAAUCACUGUCCUGGAUUCACGCCUUCAAACCCCCAUGUACUUGUUUCUUGGAAACCUCUCUUUCAUGGAUAUCUGUUACACAUCUGCUUCCAUUCCCACUUUGCUUGUGAACUUGCUGUCAUCCAAGAAAACCAUUAUCUUUUCUGGGUGUGUGGUACAGAUGUACCUAUCCCUUUCCAUGGGAUCCACAGAGUGCAUACUUCUGGCUGUGAUGGCCUAUGACCGUUACGUGGCCAUCUGCAACCCACUGAGGUACCCCAUCAUCAUGAACAGGCAAGUCUGUGUGCAGAUGGCCACUGUCUCCUGGGUGACAGGCUGUCUCACUGCCCUGCUGGAAACUAGUUUUGCCCUUCAGAUUCCUCUCUGUGGAAAUGUCAUCGAUCACUUCACAUGUGAAAUUCUGGCGGUGCUAAAAUUAGCUUGCAUGAGUUCACUACUCAUGGACAUGGUUAUGCUGGUGGUCAGUAUUCUCCUUCUGCCCAUUCCAAUGCUCUUGAUUUGCAUCUCUUAUGGCUUCAUCCUUUCUACAAUUCUGAGAAUCAGUUCAACAGAGGGAAGAAACAAGGCUUUUUCAACUUGUGGUGCACACUUGACUGUGGUGAUCUUAUAUUAUGGAGCUGCUCUCUCCAUGUACCUGAAGCCUUCUUCAUCAAACUCACAAGAAAUAGACAAGAUCAUCUCAUUGCUUUAUGGAGUGCUUACCCCUAUGUUGAACCCAAUAAUUUACAGCUUAAGAAACAAAGAAGUAAAAGAUGCUGUGAAAAAACUGCUGGGCAAAGUGCCAUUGGUACCAAGCGUGUGACUCUCCCAAGGAUGUGCCAUUGGCAGAACUCAGCAGAGAAAUUCUAAACACCAUUCAGUCCUUUGGGAUUCUGACCUGAAUAUUAGCUCUGAAAUUUCACAGUCAUGAGGUAUUUGUACACAGAGUAGUUUAUUAUGGAUAUAGUAGGUCCCAAUGUUCACUUACUAAUAUUUCUUGUCUUUGGUGUAUCAUAGUUGGGAGGACAUCAGUUCAGUCACUGAACAUUUGCUCCAAAAGCAAACUUAGAUAAAUGUAGUCAGUGAAUCUUAGUGCCAGAAGAAAUAUCUUCUUUGCUUCAAUCACUUGUAGAAUGGGGUAGGAGCCUAAAGAUACAAACCAAACAACUAAAGGAAUAAUAAAGAUGUUGGCUUGAUUUUGGAAGCAAGGAAAUGAGAUCAAAGGAAAACGAAAAGACUUGGUCAGCUCCAUACUGUGCAAACUUUGAUGACAGUCCCCCUCCAACUUCUUGGGCGGCACUUAUUCUGCUCCGUGGUGGUAGCUUCUUAAGUGCUCAUUAAAACUCCGUUUUCCCGAGGAAGGAUCUAAUAAGGCCCGUGUCAUACCUGCCCGACAACUUUGCUUUUUUCUAGGUAAAU